GCGCCGGCGGAUCGAACAGAUGAUCGCAGAGGCAGAAGCUCGACAGCCUGCAGGCUCCAUCAGCAUGCUGGGGCAGGACCGAAUGAAGGCCGAGCUCUUGCAAAUUGCGCACAGAGCCUCAGACAACGCGAGGACACUGCAGGAGGCUAUGGCAGAAGUGAGUAGCAAAUCCCAGCAGACUGCAGCUGCCCGUGAUGCAGGCGCGAGCUCAAACACUUCGGCUACUGCAGCUUUCCUCAACUCCGACCACGGAAGAGGUCUUCCGCAGAGCAAGAUCGAGCUAUCCAGGAACCUUUUCCACUCAAGUGGUGGCCUGCAAUACCUGGCCAAUCGUGGCCAGGAAAAUCUUGGCGCCAGGUCACCUGUGAGUCCUACAUCACCGGCAUCGCAAUCAUAUCCUGCCCGCCGAGAGAAAAGCGAGAACUUUGAUGAUAUCCAGGAGAGGCUCAACGCUUUGAU